AUGCACGGCAAGAUCAUCUUCUACGAGGACAAGAACUUCCAGGGUCGCUCCUAUGAGACCAGCAGCGACUGCGCCGACAUGUCCUCCCACCUGAGCAGGUGUCACUCCUGCAAGGUGGAGAGCGGCUGCUUCAUGGUCUACGACCGUCCCAACUACAUGGGCCAGCAGUACUUCCUGAGGAGGGGCGAGUACUCCGACUACCAGCGCAUGAUGGGCUUCGGCGACUGCGUCAGGUCCUGUCGCAUGAUCCCGAUGCACAAGGGCUCCUACAAAAUUAGGCUCUACGAGAUGGAGAACUUCGGAGGCCAGAAGAACGAGAUGCAGGAAGACUGCGACAACUUCCAGGACCGCUACCGCAUGUCCGACUGCCAGUCCUGCAACGUGAUGGACGGCCACUGGCUGAUGUACGAGCAGCCACGCUACAAAGGCAGGAUGAUGUACCUGAGGCCCGGAGAGUACAGGAGCUUCAGGGACAUGGGAUACGAUGGAAUGAAGUUCAGCUCCAUCAGACGCAUCAAUGACUCCUGUUAA